AUGGCAGGAGAGGGGGCUGCCCUCAAGGUCACCAGGGACCUGAAAGCUGCUGUCUCCGCCAUCCUCCAGGGCUAUGGGGGUGGGCAUCGGGUCACAGACGCCAGCGCGGAGCUGCACGGACUCUGUGGCUGCCUGGAGCGGCUGCUGCAGUUUGACCAGAAGCAGCAGAAGAGCUUCCUGAGGCCUCAGAAGGAUUACUGGGAUUUUCUCUGCGCCGCCCUGAGGCAGCAGCGGGGGGACGCAGAGCCAGUCCUCUUUGUCCACUCCCAGGCCAAGCUGAAGACCCCUCUGGGGAAAGGCCGUGCCUUCAUCCGCUUCUGUCUUGCCCACGGACAGCUGGCCGAGUGCCUGCAGCUCUGCCUGCUGAGCCCAGAGCUCACCAGGGAAUGGUACGGAGCCCGGAGCCCUCUGGUGUGCCCUGAACUCCGGGAAGACAUCCUGGACGCCCUCUAUGCUCUCAACGGGGUGGCCUUCGACUUGGACCUGCAGCGGCCGGACCUGGACGGGGCCUGGCCCAUGUUCUCAGAGUCCCGCUGUUCUAAUUCCAGCCGGACCCAGGGAAGACCCAGAAAAACCAAAGACUCCCCAAAGGAGAUUUCAACUGUCACUGGAGGCCCCAAAGGAGCCCAGCCAGAGGAGGCACACACCAGCCAGGCCAGCUGUCUGCGGGAUGCACCAGGGGAAGACCGGUUGGCUGGACUCCUCAGGUCCCAGCAACACGGGCAUCUGCCUCCCUUUUUGGAAAAAAACAAAGAAGAUCCUGGAAGCCUCAGGACCCCCCACAGCAUGCGGGAACCAGAGAGGGAGAAGCUACAGCAAGACCAGGAGAUGGGAGCCCCACGGUCAGGGAUCUGCCUGGAACACUCCACACCCAGCAUCCCGGGGCCAAGAGAGAGGGCCAGUCAGGCUCUGAAGGAGGUGGUAGGGACAGAGGGUGAGGGCCAAGGGGCUGUGCUGAGUACAGAGGGUCCAAGAACAACAGAGGGGACUCAAGAAAGGGAAGCAGAGUGGGGUCACGACCAAGGGUUGCUGGUCUCCAGCCCCAGAGGGACGAAUGAGAGCUCCAUGUCACGGAACAGGCAGGAGAACAAGGAGCCUAGCAUUCUGGGGGAGCCCAGCGUCCUUCGGGGCCUGGGAAUAAAGGAAGGCUCCACCACAGAGAAGCCACAGGAGCACACAGGAGUGACCAGUGUGGCCAGGAAGGAAGAGCAAGCAGAGGUGGCCUUGCAGGAUGUGGUCAAGACCCUCAGACAAAGGCUGCAGAAGACCAAGGAGCAAGCCCUGCACCAGGAACAGCUGCUGAAGGAGCAGGAGAGAGAGCUGAAGGCACUGCAGGAGCAGCUCAGCAGGUGUCAGAAAGAGCGGGCCGGUCUGCAGGCAGCGCUGGAGCAGAGGCAGCAGGAGGCUGAAAGGAGGGGCGCUGUCUAUGAGGAAGAGCUUGCAGGGCAGCGGGACCUGAUCCGUGCCAUGAAGAGGCGGGUGCUGGAACUGAUUCAAGAGAAGGACAACCUGUGGCAGAAGGUUCAGCAACUCUCUUCCGUAGCCCCUGGAUGCUGUGUCAGCUGUAGCAAGCUCUUUGGCCGGCUGUCUCGGCGGUACCCAUGCAGCCUGUGUGGAGGCCUGGUCUGCCACGCCUGCUCUCUGGACUAUAAGAAGCAAGAGCGCCGCUGCCCGCCCUGUGCCCAGAAAGGAGAAGCCCAGGUUGUCUAA